UCGCUGUACUUUCGGGAUGUCUGGGCGUGGUAAAGGUGGAAAGGGGCUGGGGAAGGGUGGCGCCAAGCGCCACCGCAAAGUUCUGCGAGAUAACAUCCAGGGCAUCACUAAGCCUGCUAUCCGUCGCUUAGCCCGACGUGGUGGCGUCAAGCGUAUCUCUGGUCUUAUCUACGAGGAGACCCGUGGGGUGUUGAAAGUGUUUCUGGAGAACGUGAUCCGGGACGCUGUAACCUACACCGAGCACGCCAAGCGCAAGACUGUCACCGCCAUGGACGUGGUCUACGCGCUCAAGCGGCAGGGCCGCACUCUUUAUGGCUUUGGUGGCUGA